AUGAAAGCUGUUAUGGAAUCAACUGAGAAUAAUAGUGAGGAACAAAACUCGGAUGAUUCAAAUUCACACACAAGCAAAGCAUCUUCUAGCAAGAGACAGAGACGCUCUUUAUCUGAGCAAGAAGAGAAUGACGAUCCUGAAAAGACAAGAAAUUCAGAACAAGGGGCCACAGACAUUGUUUUUAAAGAUGGACAAAGAGUGAAUGAACCUUUUUCUUAUGUCGGCAGCUCAUCCGGCAUUUAUUUGUUGAGUCGAUUAUUUACUCGGAACGCAACAAACUUGGAUAAAAAAGAAAAAGAGACUUUACCGAGACCAGUAGGAAACAAUGAAGAAGAUUUGAUGAUUGUUCGGUUUGGUAGUGAUCCAUUAAACAAGCUUGGGUUUGGAAGAAUCUUGAAUCCGGAUUGGAAAAUGCCACCCAAAGAUUUGACAGACUAUUUAAUUAACAUGUAUUUUAAGCGAAUCAAUCCUACACUGCCAAUUCUUGAUGAAGAAAGCUUUUAUCAAGAAUACCGAAAAGCUAAUUAUGCUUCUACUUUUAUUCCCAUUAUUAUGGCUAUUUGUCGUGCUACAUCUCGUCUACUUAGAGAAGACGACCCAUAUGUUCAGAAAUACAACAUUGAUCGCGCUCACCUCUUUCGUGAUAUUAUAAAGCAAAUGGAUCUCUAUUUUGAUAUUGAUUUCUUGCAGCCAAAAAUUGAAACAAUUCAAGUACUCUUAAUCUGCGCUUCCAAUGCCGAGAAAUGGGGUAUAGAAAGUUCAGACUGGAUCGGCACAAGCAUUGCAGUAAAAAUGGCACAAGAUUUAGGUUUGCAUAGAGCAAAUGCGCAACAUGAAAGUAUACCUAAAAGAGAUAUGGAAGCCAAAAAAAGAUUAUGGUGGUCUGCUUAUAUAAUCGAUCAUUGGGUUUGUGCCUCCCUGGGAAGACCAUUAACAAUAUCAGAUGCUGACUGCGAUAUUGACUACCCUGACACAAGCGACCAACAAUACACCAUGUUUUUUCAUAUGGUCAAAUUAAGCUGUAUUUUGGGUGAUGUCUUGAGAGCACUUUGUUCCCCUCGAGCUAGACUUAUGUCUGAAAAGGGCGUUGGGUUAGAAGCCAUUUCUCGAAGCUUAGAACAAAUGCUUUUGGAUUGGAAAAACUCUCUGCCACCACAUUUGAACCUGACAGAGCAGGAGUUAGAUAGGAUUUCACGGAAAGAUAUGGAUUUUACACUGAGAGCUAAAUUAAGCAAAGGGGCUGGCCAACUUCGAUUAGCUUAUACUGCUGUCCUUUUACUUGUCAAGCGCCCAUUUAUUUCUAUGGGUGUUGGCAGCGGAUCAACCGUUACAAUACCUAAUAUUUGCCAGGAGGCUAUGAAAGUGUCUGUUUAUUUGUUUGAUGUUAUGGAUGUUACUGAUUUGCUGUGCAGCUGGUCAUUAGGAAGUAACACACAAAUGUUGUUACUCUUAAACUUUAGAAAUGCGGAUACUGGCUUGAGUGCAGGAUCUAAGCGCUUUUCUGAAAGAUUUAAAGAACGUCACCGUGAAUUAGAGAAUUAUAUUACAGAGGUAAAAAGAAAAGAACCUGCUUCUUAUCUCUAA